UCCAAAGUACACUGUAAGCACAUCCCAUGUAACUUGGUUUAAAUGCCCUCUUGAAAAUGUCAGCAUCCAGGCAAUAUAAGAGCAAACCUAUGUACGGCUUUACAUUUUACGACCUGUCUCGUGAAUGUGAGCGCCAUCAACUCUGCGUGACAAAUCUUUGCGUUCCAAACGUACCCCUGCUGUCCGGAUAUGCCUCACAUCGACGUACAGCAUCUCAUUCGAGCCGGUCUAUUUUCAACCCGAUCGCGUCACGAUGCCGUCCAGCAAACUUCAUCUGGAGUGAAUGAAGAAUUCUCGCACGCCUCCGGGAUUACAACUGAUGCUGUCGCGAAUUAAAGCGGGAGCGGGACGUAAAACGAUGAAUCGUUCAAGCGCAAAACUACACAAACGCACGCGACACACCUUUCUCGGCUGAUGUCCUGGUUAAUUUAUGAGAUAUUUUCUGUUCGUCACCGGCUGCCUGUUCAUCACUUCGCUCUCAUCCCGUCGCUUGCUAUUCGGCUGAGCGUUCGCGUUAAAUGGAAAUCUGAAGUACUUCACUUUCACGGUUUCUCGCGUUUGACAGAAAAAGCUGCAGGGCGGCCCUCGUGGCCGGGAUGCCACUGUGUACCCUGCCAGUCGGUGGUGGAUGCUGAGGGGCAAGAGCUGCCCACCCAGUGCAGGGGGCAGAAGAAAAACCACCCCGACCACGACAUGAAUCUCUGUUGGAACGAGAUCAAGCGCAAAUCCCACAACAUCAGGGUACGGCUGGAGGCCUUUUCUGACAACAGCGGGAAGCUCCAGCUGUCACUGCAGGAGAUCAUCGAAUGGCUGACAACUAAAGAUGAGGAGCUGUCCGAGCAGCUGCCCAUAGGGGGCGACGUCGGGGCAGUGCAACACCAGCGAGAGUUCCACCAGGCUUUCAUGGAAGAUGUCAAAUCCAGAGGGCCAUACAUCUACUCAGUGUUGGAGUCUGCGCAGACCUUUCUGGCACAGCACCCUUUCCAAGAGCCAGAGGAAACACUGCCUGAUGGCAAAGAGCUUUCCCCUCGCCGGCGAAUCCUCAACGUCAGUCGCUCCGUGUGGAAGCAGGCCAACGUGGCCAGUGACCUGUGGGAGAAACUGACAGCGCGUUGUGUGGACCGACACCGGCACAUGGAGCGAACCCUGGAGAGGCUGCUGCAGAUCCAGGCUGCCAUGGAAGAGCUGGCAGCGGCACUGGAGCAGGCAGAGGGUGUGAGAGAUGCUUGGGAGCCUGUGGGUGACCUGUUCAUUGAUUCGCUGCAGGACCAUAUAGAUGCCACCAAGCUAUUUAAGGAUGAGCUCACCCAGGUGAAGGAAGGAAUGAAACAUAUAAAUGACCUAGCUCACCAGUUGGCCAUAUCAGACGUGCACUUGUCCAUGGAGAAUGCCAGAGUCCUGGAGCACCUCAACAACAGAUGGAAACUUCUUCAGGGCUCUAUUGAAGAACGUCUAAAGCAAUUGCAAGAUGCCCACAGAGAUUUUGGCCCCGGAUCACAGCAUUUUCUUUCCAGCUCCGUGCAGAUACCUUGGGAACGUGCCAUAUCCCCAAACAAAGUGCCAUACUACAUCAACCAUCAUGCUCAGACAACCUGCUGGGACCAUCCAAAGAUGACUGAAUUAUACCAAGCUUUGGCCGACCUGAACAACAUCAAGUUCUCGGCAUAUCGGACGGCUAUGAAGCUGCGGCAUGUGCAGAAGGCUUUAAGAUGUACGUACAGAGAAGCACAUCUUGCUGAAAGUCACGCCGUGGACCUGCUGAAGCUGAGCAGCGUGGUGGACAUGUUCAGAGAACAGGAUCUUCUGCAGAGCGAACACGUGAUGGAUGUGGUGGAGGUCAUCCACGCUCUCACCUCCCUGUACGAGAGACUGGAGGAGGAAAGGUCCGUACUGAUCAACAUCCCCCUUUGCGUCGACAUGUGCCUCAACUGGCUGCUGAACGUUUACGACAGUGGGCGGAAUGGUAAGAUGCGGGUGCUCUCCUUCAAGACAGGUCUGGUGAUUCUAUGCAACGCUGACAUCCAGGAGAAAUAUAAAUAUCUUUUCCGACAGGUGUGCAAUCCGGGCGGACUGACAGAUCAGAAACAUCUCAGUCUGCUGCUGCACGAGGCCAUUCAGAUCCCUCGGCAGCUCGGGGAGGUGGCAGCGUUCGGAGGGAGCAACGUGGAGCCCAGUGUCCGUAGCUGCUUUCGAAUGGCUCCGGGUAAAUCUUCCAUUGAGGUGUCUCACUUCCUAGAGUGGAUGAGUCUGGAGCCCCAGUCAGUAGUUUGGCUUCCUGUUCUCCACCGAGUGACCGUAGCUGAGACAGCCAAGCACCAGGCACGUUGCCACAUCUGUAAGCAGUGCCCUAUCAAGGGCUUCAGAUACCGAAGUUUGAAGCAGUUCAAUGUAGACAUCUGCCAGACGUGUUUUCUCACCGGCCGCACAAGCAAGGGCAAGAAACUACACUACCCCAUCAUGGAGUACUACACACCGACCACCUCAGGCGAGAAGAUGCGGGACUUCGCUAAGACGCUAAAGAACAAGUUCCGCUCAAAGCAGUAUUUUAGUAAACAUCCUCAGAGGGGUUACCUGCCCGUCCAAUCCAUACUAGAGGUGGAAAGCUCUGAGACGCCCUGUUCAUCUCCCAGGCUGCCUCACGCGGACACACACAGCCGAAUCGAGCACUUUGCCAGCAGAUUGGCAGAAAUGGAGAACCAGAACUGUUCUUUUUUCACCGAUAGCCUCUCUCCCGAUGAAAGUUUGGAUGAAGAUCAGUACCUCCUACGUCACUCCAGCCCCGCCCUCGAGCAGGACUCCCCCCACGGCCACCUGCUUGUCCACCUGGACUGCCAGGACAGAGAGGAGCUGCAGCGCACACUCCAUCGUUUGGAGAACGAGAACAGCGUGCUGCAGAGCGAGUACCGGCGGUUGAAAUGGAAGCACGAGGAAGCAGCAGCGUCCCCCCAGCUACUGGAGUCAGGUCCGGGGUCACCGGCCGGUCAGCAGGACGAGGAACUCCUAGCCGAGGCACGAGUCCUCCGACAGCACAAGACCCGUCUGGAGACGCGCAUGCAGAUUCUGGAGGAUCACAACAAGCAACUAGAGUCACAGCUACACAGACUCAGAGAAUUACUGCUGCAGCCCAAAGAUGACUCGGAGGCCAAUGGCUCAGAUCCAUCCUCUCUGUCCUCUCCGGUGUCAGGGGGUGGCCACCAGGGGGAGCCGGCAAGUAGGGAGACGACAGACACUGAAGCUGCAGGUGAAGAUUUUGAUCAUGAGCAUGACACUGUGCUGCAGCUGCAGCAGGUAAUCGAGCAGCUGAGGAACGUCUUCCCAUCUGAACCAGGUCCAUGAAGAGUCUGAAUCAAAACUCAGAGGCUUGAUAUUGUGCAGGUGCCAUAAUGCUCGUCUGAUGGUGGGCAGGGUUGUGAGGAUGCACAGCUAGAGAGACAAAUAGGCUGAGAAAUGUGUAGGAAGACACACCGUUCUCACUCUGCGGCCACUUGUCGAUCCCAAAGAGCUGUGGGAUACCUGAGUGCUAACUAAACAAACUAACGAUGUUUACAUGGUGCCAGAGGCCCGCACUGAUCCGGACACUGUGCUAGGCCGUGUAGUAAUGCAAGAUGUGUGGCUUCAUCCGUACAGCACAAGAACCACAAACAAGACUUACACCAUAUGUGGGGGGGGGGCACUCCUCCCCUUAAGUACCUCUGUGCCAGCAACUUCUGUGUUGUAAUUUUUUAUUUUUCAUUUUAAAAUGGAAUGUCUUCGGACUCAUGCACAUAUAAACACACACACACAAACCCUGUGGUAAAUCAUGCUUAGCAAUGCUCGGCCCUUGCUCUGUGAAGCAGAAAAAAAGCUGAUUCCUGGGACUCGCCGGAACACCCGGCAAGCUUAUUUACACUGUAGAAAUGACACAUCUUCAACAGAGGCUAUCAUUUAUUGAAGAUGCCAAAGUGCCCGUGAGCACUGUGCUCCUACCCUGUUCUGCUCUCCUCUGGGCAUCUUUCUUUCUCUCUCUCUUUCACACAUGUAUUCCUCUGUCACAUACACAGAUACACUCCUACACUGAUGAAAUUAUUUUCUUAAUCUGUCAUUUUUAUGUUGUUUGAAUAUAAGUAAACGUAAUAUAAGAUAUACAUUUACUUGUGAAGCAUAAUUGAAUAAAAUAGGUAUUUUUAAUCGGAAUUUGCUUUUAUUCUCAUCUGAUAA